AUUAUGGAAAUGGGGAGUGAGGAAGAAAAAUGGGAAAAGUUGGAUGCAGAAUUUGAUCACUUUGUGGUAGAUAUGAAGCCGUUUGUUUUAAAGCUACCCCACAGAUCAGAGCGUCAGAGAUGCGCCCUGUGGAUCCGGAAGCUGUGCGAGCCAUCGGGGACUGGUGCGGGCCUGCUGGGCCGGCGGAACCGGAACCUCUACGCCAAGAUGCUGCUGCACAUGCUGCGGCGCGGCGUGCUCGAGGGCCCCUUCUCGCACCGGCCUGAGCCUGGCACGCUGAAGACGCUGCCCUCCUACAUGUCCAUCUAUUUUGAUGAACCAAAUCCAGCACGAGCCAAAUGUUCAAGCCCAGAAGGAUUGCCAGACUGGGUCCUGGGUGAGCUGGGGACAAGCGAGCACAGAUGGAAUGAGUCGUGGAAGCUUUCUCCGGGAGGAGAUCAUUCUCCGAUGCAGUCACCCACUGAGACCCAAAGCAGGCACCAACUGACCACGAAGAUCCAAAGGAGAGCACAUUCCAGAAGUCCAACCUGCAGAGAAGACGGAGAAAAUACCGCCCUCAAGAUUCGUGAAGUUCAUCCGAAAAACUCUAUUUCUUUGGAUGAUAGUGACAUUGAAGCUCGCCUUAACAGUUGGAAUCUUGGGAUAGAAAAUCCUCGGUACCUGCGACAGAAGCCUCUCCCAGUGUCUCUGAUGUCUCCCAAGCUGAGCCUGAGGAAGUCCAGCAGUCUUCACGAAGACCAUCUGCUCUCUCGGAUGCAUGAGAAAGAGUUGGACAUGAAAACCAAGAUAAUGGAAGCUAAGUUUCAUGAAGAGAAGCUCAAGUUGCAGCAGAAACAUGACACUGAUGUCCAAAAGAUUUUAGAAAGAAAGAAUAAUGAAAUAGAAGAAACAAAAAUUUCAUACAGAAAGAAACAGAAUGAAAUGGAGGAGACUAUUAGAAAACUUGAAGUGAAAGUUCAGACCCUUAUCCGUGACUGUCAAGUCAUCAGAGAGACUAAGGAAAACCAGAUUGCGGAGCUUAAGAAGAUGUGCGAGCAGAGCGCGGAGUCUCUGAUUAACGAGUGGGAGAAGAAGCUCCACAACGCUGUAGCUGAGAUGGAAAAGGAGAAGUUUGAUCUUCAAAAGCGGCACACCGAAAAUAUCCAGGACUUGCUGGAGGACACGAACGCGCGUCUGAAUAAGAUGGAGGGGGAGUACGUGGCGCAGACCCAGUCCACAAAUCAGAUGGUGAAGGAACUGGAGUCCCGUGUCCAGCAACUAACAGGAGAAGCAGAGAACAGUAAUUUACAGAGGCAGAAACUAAUUCAAGAUAAAUUGGAACUAGAGCGAUGUUACCAGAUAACCUGCAGUGAAUUGCAAGAAGUGAAGGCGAGGCACAGCGUCCUGCACAAGGAGAAAGAACAUCUUCUAAAUGAUUAUGAGCAAAACAUAAAACUAUUACAAACCAAGUUUGAUACUGAUAUAACUCUUCUGAAGAAAGAACAUUCUCUUUCCGCUUCUAAGGCAUCUGGUACAAUUGAAGGGUUAGAAAAGAACAUCUGUCAAUUAAAACAACAGUUACAGGAAUUAGAACUUCAAAGAAAGCAGCAACUGAAGGAUCAGGAAAAUAAGUUUCAAAUGGAGAAAAGUCAUUUAAAACGCACCCAUGAAAAAAAGGUUCAUGACUUACAGAGUGAACUCAGUCAAGAAAAGGAAGACGCUCAGAAGAAAAUGCAAAAGUUUGAGGAAGUUUUGAAGGAGAGAGAGGAGCAACUGACACGCGUGACGGACGCCCAGCGUUUGCAGGCCCAGCAGGCGGAUGCGGCCCUGGAGGAGUUCAAGCUGCAGGUGGAGCUGAACUCGGAGAAGGUCUACGCACAGAUGAAGGAGCAGAUGGAACGCGUGGAAGCCGACCUGACGCGCUCCAGGUCUCUCCGCGAGCAGCAGUCCCAGGAGUUCCUGUGGCAGCUGGAGGAGGUGAAGCAGCGCUACGAGCAGCAGAUAGUCGAGCUGAAGCUGGAGCAUGAACAGGAGAAGACGCACCUAUUACAGCAGCAUAACGCAGAGAAGGAUAGCCUAGUCCGAGACCAUGAACGGGAAAUGGAAAACCUGGGAAAACAGCUUCGCGCUGCCAAUAUGGAGCACGAAAAUCAAAUCCAAGAGUUCCAGAAACGAGAUUCACAGGUGAUUGCCGACAUGGAGAGCCAGGUGCAUAAGCUGAGGGAGGAGCUGAUCCACGUGAACUCCCAGCGGAAGCAGCAGCUGGUGGAGCUGGGGCUGCUCCGCGAGGAGGAGAAGCAAAGGACCGCCAGGGACCACGAGAACGCCAUCAGCAAGCUGAAGGCCGAGGCUGAGAAGAUGAAGAUGGAGCUGAAAAAGACUCACGCCGCCGAGACGGAGACGACGCUCGAGAAGGCCAACAGCAGGCUGAAGCAGAUCGAGAAGGAGUAUACUCAGAAGCUGGCCAAGUCAUCGCAGAUCAUAGCCGAACUUCAGACAACCAUUUCCUCUCUGAAAGAGGAGAGCAGCCGGCAGCAGCGGGCCGCAGAAAGGCGGCUCCAGGAUGUUACACAGAAGUUUGAAGAUGAGAAGAAGCAGCUGAUUAGAGAUAAUGACCGAGCAAUCAAGGCUUUACAAGACGAACUAGAAAAUCGAACGAAUCAGGUGCGAAAUGUGGAGAAGAAGCUCCAGCAUAAGGAGUUGGAGGCCCAGGAGCAGAUAACCUACAUACGACAAGAGUAUGAAACGAAGUUCAAGGGGCUGAUGCCGGCCUCCCUGAGACAGGAGCUGGAGGACACCAUCUCCUCCCUGAAGUCCCAGGUGAACUUCCUUCAGAAGAGAGCGUCCAUCCUGCAGGAGGAGCUGACUACCUACCAGGGCAGAAGGUAA